AUGACUGGUGAAGAAGAUAAAAAACAACAUUUUGAUGCUUCGGGUGCUUCUGCUGUAGAUGAUAAAACAGCAACAGCAAUUUUAAGAAGAAAAAAGAAAGAUAAUGCCUUGGUGGUUGAUGACGCCACCAACGACGACAAUUCUGUCAUAACCAUGUCUUCAAACACAAUGGAAUUGUUGCAGUUAUUUCGUGGUGACACAGUCUUGGUGAAAGGUAAAAAGAGAAAAGACACAGUGUUGAUCGUUUUAGCUGAUGAUGAUAUGCCUGAUGGCGUUGCUAGAAUUAACAGAUGUGUUCGUAACAAUUUGCGUGUCAGAUUGGGAGAUAUCGUCACUGUCCAUCCAUGUCCUGAUAUCAAAUAUGCCAAUAGAAUCUCAGUAUUGCCAAUUGCUGAUACUGUCGAAGGUAUUAAUGGUUCCUUAUUUGACCUUUACUUGAAGCCAUACUUUGUUGAGGCUUAUAGACCAGUGAGAAAGGGUGAUUUAUUUACUGUAAGGGGUGGUAUGAGACAAGUGGAAUUCAAGGUUGUUGAAGUUGACCCUGAAGAAAUUGCAAUUGUUGCUCAAGACACCAUUAUUCAUUGUGAAGGAGAACCUAUUAAUCGUGAAGACGAAGAAAACAGCUUAAAUGAAGUUGGUUACGACGAUAUUGGAGGUUGUAAAAAACAAAUGGCCCAAAUCAGAGAGUUGGUUGAAUUGCCUUUGAGACAUCCACAAUUGUUCAAAUCAAUUGGUAUUAAACCACCAAAGGGUAUUUUGAUGUACGGUCCUCCUGGUACUGGUAAAACCAUCAUGGCAAGAGCAGUGGCUAAUGAAACAGGUGCCUUCUUCUUCUUGAUAAAUGGUCCGGAAAUCAUGUCUAAAAUGGCUGGUGAGUCGGAAUCCAAUUUAAGAAAAGCUUUUGAAGAGGCAGAAAAGAAUUCUCCUUCUAUUAUUUUCAUUGAUGAAAUUGAUUCUAUUGCCCCAAAAAGAGAUAAGACCAAUGGUGAAGUGGAAAGAAGAGUCGUUUCUCAAUUGUUAACUCUUAUGGAUGGUAUGAAAGCCAGAUCUAACGUAGUGGUUAUUGCUGCUACUAACAGACCAAAUUCCAUUGAUCCUGCUUUGAGAAGAUUUGGAAGAUUCGACAGAGAGGUUGAUAUUGGUGUUCCAGAUGCUGAAGGACGUUUAGAAAUAUUGAGAAUCCACACCAAGAAUAUGAAAUUGGCUGAUGAUGUCGACUUGGAAGCCAUUGCUUCUGAAACCCAUGGUUUCGUUGGUGCGGAUAUUGCAUCGUUAUGUUCUGAGGCUGCUAUGCAACAAAUCCGUGAAAAAAUGGAUCUUAUCGACUUGGAAGAAGAAACUAUUGAUACUGAAGUGUUGAACUCUUUGGGUGUCACUCAAGACAACUUCAGGUUUGCUCUUGGAAACUCUAACCCCUCUGCCUUGCGUGAAACUGUUGUUGAAAAUGUUAACGUCACAUGGGAUGAUAUUGGUGGUUUGGACAACAUCAAGAAUGAAUUAAAAGAAACUGUGGAGUAUCCUGUCUUGCAUCCCGAUCAAUACCAAAAAUUCGGAUUGGCUCCAACCAAAGGUGUUUUAUUCUUUGGUCCACCAGGUACAGGUAAGACCCUUUUGGCCAAAGCUGUUGCCACUGAAGUUUCUGCUAAUUUCAUUUCUGUCAAAGGUCCAGAGUUGUUGAGUAUGUGGUAUGGUGAAUCUGAGUCUAAUAUCCGUGAUAUAUUUGAUAAAGCCAGAGCUGCCGCUCCUACCGUGGUGUUUUUGGAUGAAUUGGAUUCCAUUGCCAAGGCUAGAGGUGGUUCUCACGGUGAUGCAGGUGGUGCAUCUGACAGAGUGGUCAAUCAAUUGUUGACUGAAAUGGACGGUAUGAAUGCUAAGAAGAAUGUGUUUGUCAUUGGUGCCACUAACAGACCAGAUCAAAUUGAUCCUGCAUUGUUGAGACCAGGUAGAUUGGAUCAAUUGAUUUAUGUCCCAUUGCCAGACGAGCCAGCUAGAUUAUCUAUUUUACAAGCUCAAUUGAGAAAUACCCCAUUGGAACCUGGUUUGGACUUGAACGAAAUUGCCAAGAUCACUCACGGUUUCUCAGGUGCAGAUUUGUCUUAUAUUGUUCAAAGAUCUGCCAAAUUUGCUAUUAAAGACUCUAUUGAAGCCCAAGUCAAGAUUAACAAGAUCAAAGAAGAGAAAGAAAAGGUGAAAACUGAAGAUGUUGAUAUGAAGGAAGAUGAAGUUGAAGAAGAAGAUCCUGUGCCUUACAUUACUAGAGCUCACUUUGAAGAGGCUAUGAAGACUGCAAAAAGAUCUGUCUCAGAUGCUGAAUUACGUCGUUAUGAGUCUUAUGCUCAACAAUUACAAGCCUCGAGAGGUCAAUUUUCUAGCUUUAGAUUCAAUGAAAAUUCUGGUGCCACCGAUAAUGGUUCAGCUGCUGGUGCUAACUCAGGUGCAGCUUUUGGAAACGUUGAAGAGGAAGACGAUUUGUACAGUUGA